AUGAUGAUGAUGGUGGUGAGGAUGGUGAGGGUGAGGAUGAGGGAUGAUCUAGUGUGGGUUUUGGUGCUGACGGUGAUGAUGAUGAUGAAGAUUUUGACAUCGCUGGUGAUCCAGGGCUUGUUGUUUGGAAAGCAACGUACAGUUUUUAUGGGAACAGCAACGUCCCUACAGAAGUUCAGCUUUCACAUCACUCUGAAUCAGCUCAGAGGGGACCUCGAUGUGAUCCCCAGUUCUAAUCCGAACUCACCAAAUUAUCUCAACCAGGAUGAGUAUUAUUAUCUGUUAAAAGAGUCAGAGAACAGAGAUCCCUGUCAGGAAACAUUUUUCAAGUUGACACCGGAAGAGAUGCGCCCCCAAAAUGAGAAAAAGGACCUCCUCCUCCCAGAAGAGAUUAUGGUCGUUGAUCACCUUCCACAGUUUAGGACACACUUGCCCACACUGAAGGCUAAACUGUCCAGGCUGAGGACACUUCCUGUGGCUGACCCUCUACAGAACUCUUUGGGAAACUUUGUCUCCAAGGACAGCAUAUUCAGGCACUGUGCAUCUUACAAAAAACCUCCCAGCGUGUGCAGUGGUGAAAUUCAGGCCUGUGCAGACAUUAACGAGGAGUAUGUUAAAGAGCCACUCCUGAGCGAAGAGUCUCUUCUGUUACCUGUUGUAAUGGACACUCUGAAAGAAAACCGAGAAAUUUACACCACCUUUUCAAGUAUUUGUUCUCAUCUGAAUGUUGCUUCUGAACUAUUAGAUGAGCAAAUUUCAGUAAUAGAAGUACUACAGAAAGUUACUCUUUCAGUGUCGGCAUAUAUUUCCAAAUAUGACAGACCAAAGGAGAUCAACCAAGAAUUCCUAAUAAAUGGAGCACAAAUAGACUUUGAUUUUUCAGAACACAUGUUGCUUCCAACUGAGAUGGAGCUGGACCUGACUUUGAGCUCGACUCCUGAGAACAGUCCAACGCAUUGGUGUGUGUCCACCCGCGAACUUCCUGAGGAACAACUAACACCACUCGGAAAACUGUCUUUGAUGUCAGAGAAAGUUCAAAAGGAGAUGGAGCUGGCUCUUUGGAUGGCAGAGAAGCAUCCAUCAUUUAUACUGCAUUUUAUCUUGGCUGAGCCUCAAAUAUGUGAACCAGUAUUUGACUUCCAGCUUCUGUCAGAUGCUUUGAAACUGAUGAAGGUGGAGAAACAAAGCUUUGCCAACACUGAUGAUAACCUGCAGUUGCAGAUGGAUGUUGGUAUCAUCUGUGAGUUUACAGAGAGCAUCAAUUUUGAGUGUCCCUCCACUAAAGAGGACAAUGCGGAAGACUUCUGUAAAAUAUCACUCCACUAUAAUCACUACAAUGUUACCAUUAACAACCACCUAGACAAAAAAUCUGUGCUUUCUGAACCUGUUAUCACCACCACUAAAGCUGAAGCGACAGAAAAGUUCUCAGAAGUUACAGCUGCAUCACCUCAUUUUAAGAACACCUUGAGGCACAUGAGUCGAGAUGACCUUCAAUUACAACAGCCUGUUUCCAUUUCUAAUCAGAGUUCCCCCUCAAUAAUGAAAGUCAGUGACAGAUACAGAGACCUCCAGGUUUUCAGUAUUCUUCCAGAGAGGGACUUGGACCCUCUGUCAUCCUUCAUGAUGUUGAGAUCCCAGCAUACAGCGCCUGUCACUGGAACACCCCAAGGCUCUGACACUAAUGCAGGUAGACUCACCAAAGAUGAAAGAACAAACCCAGUACAGUCUGAGCUGCAGUCUCCUCUGGAGCAGAGGAUGCACAGACCAGAUAAGAACCCAGCCUGUAUGAGCGCAUCUGUCUCAAGAAGUGCAUCCAGGGAGCAGACAGCAGAUGGUCACUUCAUCAGUCUUCCUGUCAAUCAGAACACCCCUCAGGACUUACAGGGGAGCAGAGUUGUACAGGUCCAAGCUUCAGAUAGCCAGCAGCAUGCCUUCUGUGAGCUGCUGACCUUUGCUCAGCCGCAUCUGUGCUCUGCCAGACAACUGGGACUUAACUUCUCAGGUUUGGAUGACUUCAGCUGCCUGGCUCUGGACCAAACCCACUUCCUCCUCAAACAGCAGGAGAAGGCAGUCUACAGGACACAAACACAGAGCACAGAGCUCCUCAGAGAUCAGGAACUCCUGUUCAACCAGGUGACUAUGAUUCAUUUGCUGGUGACAGUCAAAGAGCUUCUGCUCAGGUGUUCCCUCAUUACUGCUGUGGAGUUCCUGACAAAGGCAGCAGAGACGUGCACCAAGCAGACUCUGCAGCAGCUGAUGAAGAGGCUGCAGAUCAUCCUCUACCUCAGUCACAGGAACCAGGAGCCCAACUUCAAACUGCUGGAGCUGCAGCAGCAGCUGGCCUCAUGGUUACACAACAUCAAAGCACCAAACAACAGGAAAAAGAUUCUUGUCAUAUUAACAGUUGAAUGUGAUGAUGCCAGAUCCAUAAUCAUUGAAGCACUGAGUCAAGUGACUGCUGUAACUGCAGUUUCUCCUGAAGAUGCUAAAACUAAAGUGAACGGUGCCUGUAUGAUUAACAGAAUACACGACAGCAUGUGUGUGGUGGUCUAUGAUCAGCAUAUCGGAGCAGACUUCCCCUGGCAGUCUUUCUCACUGGUGGUGGAAUACGAUCAUCCAGGCCAGUCUCCGUGGGUCACAGUCUGCCGAGAGAGGAGCAUCAGUCACCUCACCUUCCACACUGUCCUCCAACACACUGAGAAAGACUCUUGCUUGGGGGACAAUGUGCCGUACAUCUUGUGUGUGACGGAGGGGCUUCUCAACUGUCCUUUGCUGCUACAGACGUUGGAGUCAGUGUUUAAUAUAAGUGUGCUGGAGAGGAGUCACUCUCCAUCACUGCAGAUACUCGGCGGGACCCAUCACUAUGUGGUGAUCACAGUGGACGAGAGUACCGCCAUCAUGGUUCAGGAGCAGGGUGAACUGUGUCAGCAGCGUUCCUGUGAGGCAGUCGUGAUGCGGCUGACGGCUCUCUCUCUGCAGUACAGCUGCUGCUGGCUCAUCCUGCACUGGUCGGACAGCCAGGGAGGAGGAUUUUCCAGUGAAGCCUAUAACAACUUGGUGUUGAUUUAUUCAUCUCUGGUGCUGUUUGGAAUGAGAUCUCCAGAUCUAGACAUAAAGGUGCUGAUUGUGACAGAAGUGUUGGAAAUAGCCAAGUGGAUCAGCCAGAUUUGCUUCCACACCCUGAUGACCACUGACCGGGACCCUGUCAGAUACCUGGACAGAGACUGGCUGACUGUGCUGCCCUCAGAGGAGGAAAUAUGCCUGUCGCAGUUCCCAUGUAUCAAUCCUCUGGUUGGCCAGCUAAUGUUGCAAAGAGCACCGUCCCUGGAGUGGCUCCUGAGGGCCUCGCUGUCCCAGCUGAAGGAGCUGCUCGGUGAAGUGCCACAUAAAGUUCUCAAGCUGUUCAGUGACAUCACUUCCCUCUACAUGCUGAACGCAGAAUCCAGCCAUCAGGAGCCUGAGGCCGUGUUCACUGGGACACUCAGUCCGACCAGUUCACCAAACAGCACCUGGACCCUAACUGCUGAGGACACACAGUCCAGUCCCCUUUCAGAACCUUUCUGUACUGAUCAGACUGGUGCUCUCCUGCUCGGAACCAGAAGCUUUUGUGACCAGGACACAGCCUCAAACAUAUGCAACGUCAGUUCUGAUUUUAAACAAGACCUGAGUUCUUCAUUUGGCAGCCCAGAGAUCCACUUGCAGCAGACCUGGACUUGUGGUGAUCCAUGGAAAGAGGAGGCUGGAGACAGAGUGAGGUUUUCUGUCUGGAGCAGCACAGCUGGAACAGUGGGGAGAGUCGUGGAGAGAACAAGCAGCAAAUGGCCACAGAGGGCGCCGUCAAACAGCACAGACGCCAGCUUCCUCCAGGCCACCAGUCUCAGCACAUUCACCAAGGACUCCACAGUGGACCACAUGACCAAACUGCAGCAGCGAGUGGACUCACACUCUCAAGACUUCACCGACUCUUCAUCUUACAGAGACCCGCACCGCCUCACCUACAACCCGAGCCCUGCUCCAGAUGUUCUGCUGUGGUGUCGAGCUCAGCACGACCUCUCCAGCUGUGGAGACACGACAAGCAUUUUACCCAACUAUGGCCCCAAAUGCUGGGUCGGACGAGAGAGGAAGAGGAACGGCGAGCUCGCAGGCUUUGUUGGCACAGUGCUGACACCUCUGAAGAGAGGGAGACUGAGCUACGAGAGGGUUCCAGGGAGAAGUGACGGACAGACGAGGCUUAAAUUUUUUUAAGCACAAGUGUUUUGUUCUGUUCUGUGUCAUGAAGGUCGUAGAUUCAUGAAAAUAGAAGUCGUGUUUAAUGAUUUUCUUUAUUUACAGCAUAAAAUGUUAAUAGAGCUUCUAAGACAGCCAGGGUUUUGUACUCUUAUGAAAUAACUUUUCAGAGAAACAUUUAAAAGCAGCACUGCUCGUCCAAACAAGCAGCGAAUAGAUUAAAUUAUCGUUCAUGAUGUGUUGAAGUGUUACAUUUGUUAAUUUGGCCUUUUUCCUUUGUAUUAAAUCAGUAUUUAUGAUGUGUCAUACAUUUAUGUUGUUUUACUAUCAAUCCAUGUUAGACACUU